CCUCAAUUGACCGACCCGCCUUGAAUCUCAAAAUCAAUCAAUCUUCAAUCGCAAUUCCACACCCCCUCCCAACAACAGAGCAACACCACCACCUACCUUUCUUCUCUCCAUCCACUCAUAGCCCGGUUCGAGGACCACCACCAAAGAGAAAAAAAAAAUGUCCUUCAUCACCCCCCUCCGCCGCACAACGGCCACAGCAGCAACGACAGCAACAACCACCACCGCCCGCACAACCUUCAUCUGCUCGCAAUGCCGCCACGCCUCCCUCCUACGCCGCCCCAAGCGGCCCUACCAGUUCACUCAAUUGAUCACCAUGUCCGACGGCAGCACCUUCACCCACCGCACCUCCUCCCCAAUCCCCGUCUACCGCUCCACCCGCGACACGCGCAACUCGCUCAUGUGGAACCCCUCCUCCAGCAAGCUGGCCAGCGUCGAGAAGGACGAGGCCGGGCGCAUGGCCGCCUUCCGUGCGAAGUUCGGUCGCAGCUUCGAUGCGAAUGUCGCGUCUGCUGACCCUGCCGCCGCUGAGGCAAAGGCCACGAAGGAGGCCGACGCGAAGCAGGCGCAGGCGGAGGCGGAGGAGGAGGACGAUAACUUGUUGGAUUUGAUCAGUUCAUUCGGGCAGCAGGAGGCACCGCCGCCGCAGAAGAAGAGCAAGUACUGAUUCUAGGGGGCUGCGGGUUUGGGAUCUUUGUGGAGGGGGCCAGGUCUUUUUCUUGGGGGAGGGUUUCUAUCAAAAAAGACUGGCUUCGACUUGUUCUAGUUGUUUGAUUCACGGCUUUUUUUUUUUGAAGAGGCCCUUCCGUCCGGGUUGGAACGAUGUGACUAAAGAUGGGGUUUCUCAUGGGGUUGUUCGAUUGUUUCGGAUUUAUGUACAGUAUCAUCAUCAUACCACGCAACCUUUUUGAAUGGCAGUUUCUUUUCUCGU